CGAAGGGACUGUUGUUUUCCCAGUAGCUGGAGACAGAUUAUGGAUGUGAGUUGCGGGCUGGAGCCUCUGCCGGUGUCCGUGUGGCCGCGGCUGGAGGAACUCCCGACUUUCCAGUAUAGUCCCGAUCAUGUGCCUGGACCUGGAGGCAAACCAGACCCAUCUGAGAUCUCCUUCCCUGGAUGCAGCUGUCAUUCUUCUUCCUGUCUUGCCCCAACAUGUACUUGUCUUCACUAUGGAGAAAAUUAUAACAACUUAUCCAUUAGGACGGAAGGACAUGAACUGGGAUUUUCAAAGCCUGUUUUUGAAUGCAACACUAUGUGCCAUUGUGGAGAGAAGUGUCAAAAUAGAGUAGUUCAACAGGGCUUACAAUUCCAGCUUGAAGUAUUCAAGACCACUGAGAAAGGAUGGGGUCUUCGCACUAUGGUAUUCAUACCCAAAGGACGAUUUGUGUGUGAAUAUGCUGGGGAAAUUCUAGACAUUAAUGAAGCACGUAAAAGGAUUCAGUUGCAGACAUCAAGUGAUUCAAAUUACAUUAUAGCAAUUAGGGAACACUUGCAUGAUGGGACGACAAUAGAGACUUUUGCAGAUCCCACUUACAUCGGCAAUGUUGGUAGAUUCCUGAACCACUCCUGUGAGCCCAACCUCUUUAUGGUCCCUGUCCGAAUAGAUUCAAUGGUGCCUAAGUUAGCACUUUUUGCUGACCGUGACAUCUGUGCAGGUGAAGAGCUUUCAUACGAUUAUUCUGGAAGGUAUCAUAAUUUUUUGCCCAUAGAAGCACAAGGCAGCAAGCAAGAAGGGAAAGAAUCUAAGAAACCUUGCUUUUGUAGAACUAAAUCAUGUACAGGUUUCUUGCCUUUUGACAGUUCUUUAUUCCACAAAGAUGGUAAGAGGAAGUAAUGCUGAAGGAAAAGUCUGAAGCCAAAAAAAGCAGCUUUUAAAGCUUGCUGCAGGAAUGUCUGGAGAUGAUAAAAUCAGCCUCACGUAUACACAUCCCCCCACACAAAAUGCAGAGAUGCUUGUUAAAAGUGGCUGAAUGCGUUUAAUUAUGCACCGAUGAUGUGGCCCAUGGGAUGCUUAGAUCUGACCCGCGAGGGUGCCCUGAAAACAGUGAAGGACUGGCCCGUGGUGCCUCUGCCAGUGCAAACGGAGUGCCCCUCCUGAGCUAUUUUCACUGGCAGAGCGCUUGGGCCAUGACAGGCGCCCCCCAACAUGAGUGAUGUUGAACUGGCCAGGCCAACCUGUCUCCCCACUGCCCCGAGGUCAAACGCAACCCUUAUAUGGCCCUCAAUGAAAUUGAGUUUGACACUCCUAUACUAGGGGGAGGCUACAUUUGUGCUCUUUUCCCCACAAUAUAAUUCCAUGAUACAGAGGGGAGGGUUUUUAACGGGAGGGGGAGGUGAGCCAAUAUGCAUUUUCUGGUUACCAUUUAUUGUUAAUACUUAUGGUUAUGCCCAAGCAUUGAUAAUAAAGUAAAGGCUGCAUAUUAUUCCUCUUUAUAUAUUGGCAUUAAAAUUUAAAGGAGAAGCAGCAUU